CAAAAAAGGCAAUACCAACAAAACUUUGAACUUGAGAAUUGAGACACCCCUAUUUUGCUAUCUGAUGGAGUUUCAAUUUUCAUUCAACUUCAUUUUCUUAUGCCUUUUCUUAUCAUUCCUCUUUCUACUACUAGUGGAAUGGAAAAAAUCGAAAACCUUAAACAAACAACUGCCUCCAGGUCCAUGGAAAUUGCCUAUUCUGGGAAGUGUCCAUCACUUAGCAUUAGAAGGUGGACUUCCCCAUCAUGCCCUCACCAACUUGGGCAAAAAAUAUGGACCUUUCAUGCACCUUCAACUCGGUGAAAUUUCUACGGUCGUGGUUUCUUCUGUGGACAUGGCGCGAGAGAUACUGAAAACUCAUGACCUUGCUUUUGCGUCGAGGCCUAAAUUAGUGUCCCUCGACAUAAUAUUCUACAAGAGCACUGAUAUUGCGUUUAGUCCUUACGGGGAUUACUGGAGACAGAUGCGCAAAGUAUGCGUCAUGGAACUUCUCACCGCCAAGAUGGUCCGGUCCUUUAAUUCCAUUAGGCGCGACGAGGCUUCGCAACUCGUGCAAUUCAUCCGGUCAUCGACACCUGGCAAGCCGGUAAACGUUACAGAACGGAUUUUAUGGUACGAGAGCUCAAUUACAUGCAAAGCAGCAUUUGGAGAAUUGUUGAAAGAUCAAGAGAAAUUCAUUCGAAUUGUGAGGGAAUUGACGGAAUUAGCAGGUGGAUUUAGUGUGGCUGAUAUUUUUCCUUCAAUCAAGAUCCUUCAUGUGCUAAGUGGAUUGAGGAGUAGAAUUUUGAAAGUUCACAAAAAUGUUGAUGCUAUUGUUGAGGAUGUUAUCAAUGAGCAUAAAAAGAAUCUUGCAAGUGGUAAAAAGGGAAAUGGUACAUUAGGAGGUGAAGAUUUAGUUGAUGUUUUAUUAAGAUUAAUGGAGAAUGGGGAACUUCAAAUCCCAAUCACCAAUGACAACAUCAAAGCAAUUAUGAUCGACUUGUUCUCUGCGGGAACAGAAACUUCAACAACAACAACACUAUGGGCCAUGACUGAAAUGAUGAGGAACCCAAGUGUGUUAGCAAAAGCACAAGCAGAAGUAAGAGAAGUAUUCAAAGGAAAGGAAAUUUUCAAUGAGGAUGAUAUUGAUGAACUAAAAUACUUAAAACAAGUUGUUAAAGAAACCUUGAGACUUCAUCCUCCACUCCCUCUUUUAGUUCCAAGAGAAUGUAGGGAAGAAACAAACAUCAAUGGAUACACUAUCCCUUUAAAAACAAGAGUCAUGGUUAAUGUUUAUGCGAUGGGGAGGGAUCUGAAGUAUUGGGAAGACGCAGAAAGCUUUAUGCCUGAGAGAUUCGAGCAGAGCUCAGUGGAUUUCAUGGGGAAUAACUUUGAGUAUGUUCCAUUUGGUUCUGGAAGGAGAAUGUGUCCUGGGAUUUCAUUUGGUUUGAUAAAUGUUUAUCUUCCACUAGCUAAAUUGCUGUAUCAUUUUGAUUGGAAACUCCCUGAUGGUGUGAAGCCUGAAGAUUUAGAUAUGACUGAGUUUUCUGCAAUAACUGCCGCAAGAAAGUGUGAGCUUUACUUGAUUGCCACCCCUUAUUAUUCUUUUCACGAAUGAUCUCUGAUACAACAGUGAGCGUCUUUUUUUGGGGGGUUCUUUAUGUGUUUCUGAACUUGUGUGAAUUAUAUGUUUAAUUAUGAGGGGAGAUCAGCUUGUUUCAAGCUUGUACAUAUCAGUUUGUGUAUAAUUCUGCAAUAUAUUCUUGUGAUGUUCAAUGAGUUCAGUGUUAUAAAUGGGAUCCGAAGUUUGUGUUUUAACUAAGCUUCACCAUCCAAAAUUAUAUGAAACUGCUUAGUGAUUUUUUUUUAUUCAUAUAAAA